GCAGAGAUGAGUGUCAUUGUGCUUGAGGAUGGCAACCAAAUAAGAACAGCUGAAUUCUAAAGACAGGGCUGAACAGUAUCAUAUAAUCAGUGUUCCAGAGCCCGGGGCUAAUUUUGAACACACUCCUCAGCUGCAUUCUUAAAAGGUAAACUUUUUAAAAAAACAAAGCAUGAGAGAAGGAGGAGCACCUUGUCUGGCUGCAGCACUUCCUCUCAGACAGUCACUGUGGUGAGUUUUAUCUGAAAGCCAUUCCUAUGGUGGCCAGCCAAUGCCUGGCCAUGGGCAACGGUUCGAUAAAAGCCCCACAGGGCGAGGAGAACAGCUGCCUGGCCUCCAUCCACACAAAUCCUCCUGGCCCGGACAAAGACAGCCUCAGGUUACGCAUCAUCCACCUAGAGGAGGAGCUGGAACGUCGGGACCAGGAGUUUCGAGCCCAGGAGAUUCAGAUACAGAUCCUCCAGAAGGAACUGGAGGCCAAGAUCUCCCAGAUUGACAAGCUCCAGGAUGCUAUUGGCUACAACAACACUGUAGGCCUUUCUCCAACAGUCAUGUGCCACCACCGAGGCUGCCGCUUCAGCAUCAUCAACCAGGGUCCGAGUCGCUUCCACAGGGUGGCUGUGGAGGUCCACCGCCGACUGAAAGCAAAAGAAGGUGUUUCGGCUGAGCCCACCUCAGAGAACUUCUGCGGAGGGUUCAGAGUGUCACACGUCUCCAUAGCAAAGGCCAAUCGCAAAAACUCACACACCAGAAAGCUCAUCAACAAUGCCAUCAUGAGGAAUGACUUUCUGAAGAAGCUGGAGCCACAGCACAUGAGGGAGAUGGUGGACUGCAUGUAUGAGAAGGUUUACACUGAGGGACAGCUGGUCAUCCAGGAGGGGGAAGCUGGAAACUACCUCUACGUGCUGGCAGAGGGCUUGCUGGAAGUCAUCCAGAAUGGGAAGAUGCUGGGUGAGAUGCGUCCUGGCACAGCAUUUGGGGAACUGGCCAUACUGUACAACUGUAAGAGAACAGCCACGGUUAAAGCUGUGUCCCAGUCCCACAUCUGGGCCCUGGACCGCCAGACCUUCCAGACCAUCAUGAUGCAGACCACACAGGCCAGACAUGAGGAGUACUUCAGCUUUCUACGCAGUGUGUCACUGCUCCGUGAACUGCCAGAGGAGAAACUAGCCAAGAUUGUUGAUUGUCUUGAAGUGGACCACUUUGAAAAAGGGGAGUAUAUUAUUCGAGAGGGUGAAGAGGGGAACACCUUCUUUAUUAUUGCAAAAGGAGAGGUCAUAGUCACUCAGAGCACAGAAGGCUUUCCUGAACCUCAAGAAAUUAACACCUUGGGAGUUGGAGACUACUUUGGAGAGAAAGCUCUCAUCAGUGAGGAUGUUCGCUCAGCCAACAUCAUCUGCAAUGAGAAUGACACACACUGCCUGGUGGUGGACAGAGAAAAUUUCAACCAAAUGGUGGGAACUUAUGAGGAGCUUCAGGCCUACCUGAAGGAAUACGUGGAAGAGCUUUCCAGGAGUGAUGAAAGAAGAAAUGCCCUGCCCCACUCACCUCAGAUUGACUCUGCAGAGGCCGUGGAGCUCAGGAGGCUCAGGGAGAGGCUCGCUGUCCUGCCUGUGCACCAGCCUUUCCAGGAACUGGAGGUCAUCGCUACACUGGGCAUGGGAGGAUUUGGACGAGUAGAGCUAGUGAAGCUGAAGGACGAGGACACCACGUUUGCUCUGAAGUGCAUCAAGAAGAAGCACAUUGUGGACACCAGGCAACAGGAGCACAUCUACUCUGAGAAAAACAUCCUUCAGCAAACAAACUCAUCUUUCAUCAUCAGGUUAUUUCGAACAUUUCGAGAUGAUAAAUAUGUUUACAUGCUGCUCGAGGUGUGUCUCGGUGGGGAGCUGUGGACUGUGCUGCGGGACAUGAGUUAUUUUGAUGAGCCCACAGCAAGGUUUUGUGUUGGCUGUGUGUUGGAGGCCUUUGAUUACCUCCACACUAUGGGUGUUGUCUACAGAGACCUGAAACCUGAAAACCUUUUACUAAAUGCAGAGGGCUAUGUCAAAAUGGCAGACUUUGGCUUUGCUAAAAAGAUUGGCCUUGGAAAAAAGACCUGGACAUUCUGUGGGACUCCUGAGUAUGUAGCCCCAGAGGUCAUUAUGAACAAAGGCCAUGACUUUGGGGCUGAUUGUUGGUCAUUGGGAAUCCUCAUAUUUGAACUUCUAACUGGCAACCCGCCCUUUUCUGGCUUAGACCACAUAAAGAUUUACACCAUGGUCCUCCAUGGCAUAGAGAAAGUGGAUUUUCCCAAGAGGAUAGGCAAACGUCCAGACGAACUCAUCAGGAGACUCUGCAAGUUAAAUCCAGUUGAGAGGCUGGGAAACAAAAAGAAUGGUAUCAUUGACAUCAAGAAACACAAGUGGUUCCAAGGAUUCAACUGGGAGGGUUUGAGAUGUCACAAGCUGCUGUCUCCACUGAGGAGACAGCUGAAGGGGCCGAUGGAUCACAGUCACUUCGACAUAUUUCCUCCGGACACAGAGGAUCCUCCUGAUGAGCUGUCUGGCUGGGAUAAAGAGUUCUGAGGACUCUGAUAACAAAGACUUAAAGCAUUAACUGUGAAUGAAAGUUGAGACUGAACAGAUAUCCUUCUGUGCUGAAAGUACAGGGUGGGGAAGCAAAAAUGUCCUGUCAGGUAAAAACAACUAUAAAUGAGUAUAAUGUUUUUAUUCUUUGGAAUUUUGAACUGAUUUCUUGAAGAACACAAAUUUAAAGCUUUCAGAACAUGUUUCUUCAAUCUGUCCUCCAUCAGCCAUGAAGAAGGCCUCGAUACAGCCUCUGAAAGAGGCAGAGGCCCUCCUGAUAUCCUCCUUGGGGUAGGCCUCCCAUUCCCUGGAGAAUGCAGCCUUAAGUACAUCCAUAUUGGCAUGAGGGGUGGCAUUAGUCCUCAACUCAAUGGCGCCCCAUCAGAAAAAAUCCAGGGGGUUUAGAUCUGGUGAGCUUGGGGGCCAAAUGCCUUUGGGCCAGAAGUUCACCAUACUCUACUCACAGAACUUUUGAACCUUGAUUGAUGUGUGAGCAGGAGCCCCAUCUUGCUGCCACACAUAGUUGUUGUCAAGGUAGGUGGCCUUCAGCCAGGGCAAAACGGUGUAUCUCAGAACUUUGUAGUGCACAUCAGCCCCAAUUUUCUGAUCUGGCUUGAAGAAGUAGGGGGGCAUCUUAUUGCCAUCUGAGCCCAAGACUCCCAGGACCAUCUGGAGAUCUCUUGGUGCCCAAACUGGAUUGUCUGGCAUGCUGGAUGUGGCGAAUGGUCCUCUCACUGAUGCCAACAAUCUUGGCAAUGUCCUUCUGAGGGAUUUGGCCAUCCAGGACAUCACAAACCCUAUUGCGUUUUGCUUGUUGCUUGGUCACUUCACAAUGCACCAAGGUCUGACAAAUACUAAAAAAAAAUUGGUUAAAGGUAAGGAACUUUGAUUUUAAUUAUUGUUUUGAUUACCCUCAUCGUUUGGGCAGGACAUUCAAAUUUGUCAAUAGGACAUUUUUGCUUCCCCACCCUGUAGAGUACAUUCCGGCCAGACUUUUUGCUUAACCUCUUUUUUAUAAAAACAAAUAAGCAUCAUUACAGUCAGAUAAAUUACACCAAGGUAUACUGUCGGUCUGUAUUGUGGUCUCCUUCUAGAUACAAUGACAUACAUAGCAGCCGCACAGUGUUCAAUCAGCUCGACACUGAGCGACAAGAGCCAUGACAACAUUAAAAGGGCAGUUCAUGAGAAUUGGCAAAAGUCCUCCAUAGAGAUGUAAAAAACUGAUCACAAGCUGUAACAAACUUUUACUUGCUGCUGUUGCUGCCAAGGGUGGAAAACCAGGUUUAGGGGGGCAAUUCCUUUCUCACAGGAGUGAUUUAGCUUUUCAAUAAAUCUCCAGAAAAUGUAUGUAUUUAUUUCAUUUAAAAUUGGCAUUUUGUGUUUUGUGAGUUAUAUCUCAUGUUAGAUAAAUAUAAAUAUUAGUUUGAUGAUCUGGAACAUUUAAGUGUGAGAAAUAUGCAAAAAUAGAAGACAUCAGGUAGGGGAAAAAAUCACACAGCACUGUAUCACAGAUCCUGAAAUUCAGAGUUGCUAUAAUAAUUGUUAUUUGCCAAGUAGAAUUGUGGCUCAAUUUUUUUUUGUUUAACCCUGAAUGCUGAUACGAUAGUAAAGGGAUCAGAACAUCCGUCGCAGAAUAGUUUAUUCUGGACCUUCUUUAUUAAAUGGCAAUUAAAAACUGGACCAGGUUUUAAUCCUAAGAACGGCCUUAAGAGAAGCUUAUCCCCCUUAAUCAAAAUAUCAUCCUUUGAACCUAGGAGGGUCCGUGAACGAAUUUCUGUGCAUAUUUUGGCAACUGGAUUUUUCGUUCUGAAACGGGUAUUGAAAAACAAAAAAAUGAGUGUUAGUUGAUUUUUGUUUUAAAAUGCAAAAAUUAAAAUUGAAAUACAA